CGGAUUCACAACUGCACCUGAUUCAGAACAUCUGUGUAGACUGCUCCUCAUUAGCUGUCACAAACACCAUGAAGACCAUGCUGCUCAUCUUGGCCAGUGUGAUGGUGACCUGAAUGGUGCCUGGGAACCACAGCAUCACUCCCCUCCCCUCUGCUGUUCUAAGGACAUUUGUCAUUGGAUUUAGGGUCCACCCAGGAUUUGCCCUGAAGAAAAUUUGCAUAUAGCUGCAGAAGCUACGGUGGCCACUGACUUCUACAGUUUGUACUUCAGGAUCUGCAGGAACUCCAUGUUAUUUCACAGGCCUGCUUGAGUCUUCACAAGGCCAUUCCACCAUUCUAUCAAGCCUGCUGCUUUGGGAUGGUGGGGAACAUGGGAUCUGUGUCUUUCGAGGACGUGGCCGUGGAUUUUACUCAACAGGAGUGGCAGCAACUGGACUCUGCUCAGAGGACUAUGCACAAGGAUGUGAUGCUGGAGAACUACAGCAACUUGGCAUUUGUGGGCCUCUGCGUGGCCAAACCAGAGAUGAUCUGCAAGUUGGAGCGAGAAGAACUAUGGGUAUUAGAGGAGGAAUCCUCAGGCCAUGGUUACCCAGGAUCUCUCUCACUGCUGUGUGGCAACAAUUCUGUUGGGGGUAAUGCUCUCAGGCAUGAUAAUGACCUUCUUCAGCAUCAGAAGAUUCAAACUUUGGAUCAAACUCUUGAAUAUAAUGGCUAUGGGAAAGUCUUCUAUAAGAAAACAGGCUUUGUUGGACAUAAAAGAACACGUACAAGAUAUAAAACCCUUGAGUGUUAUGAAUGUGGAAAAACUUACUGUAGGAAAUCAAACCUUAUUGAACAUCUGAGAGUACACACAGGGGAGAGACCCUAUAAAUGUAAUGACUGUGGAAAAACCUUUAGUGCAAGAUCAUACCUCAUUGCUCAUCAUAAAACUCACACAGGGGAGAAGCCCUUUGAAUGUAAUGAAUGUGGGAAAUCUUUUGGUAGGAAGUCACAACUCAUUCUACAUCAGAGAACACACACAGGAGAGAGACCAUAUGAAUGUACCGAAUGUAAGAAAACCUUUUCUGAGAAGGCAACCCUCACGAUACAUCAGAGAACUCACACAGGGGAGAAACCCUAUGAGUGUAGGGAAUGUGGGAGAAAAUUUCGUGUUAAAAUAUCCCUUACCCAGCACCAGAGAACUCACACCGGGGAGAAACCCUAUGAAUGUGGUGAGUGUGGGAAAAACUUCCGUGCAAAGAAAUCCCUAAAUCAACACCAGAGAACUCACACAGGUGAGAAACCCUAUAAAUGUGAGGAAUGUGGGAAAUUCUUUAGAAUGAGGACAACUCUCAAUAAUCAUCAGAGAACUCACACAGGUGAAAAACCCUAUCAGUGUAAUGAAUGUGGAAAAUCAUUCAGGGUGCACUCAUCUCUUGGGAUACAUCAGCGAAUUCACACAGGAGAGAAACCUUAUAAAUGUAAUAAAUGUGGUAAUGCCUUCUAUGUUAAAGCACGCCUCAUUGAACAUCAGAGAAUGCAUUCAGGAGAGAAACCUUAUGAAUGUGGUGAAUGUGGAAAGAUCUUUAGUAUGAAGAAAUCCCUUUGUCAACACCAGAAAACUCACACAGGAGAGAAACCUUAUGAAUGUGGUGAAUGCGGAAAUGCCUUUUAUUUGAAAAUACGUCUCAUUGAGCAUCAGCGAAUUCACACAGGAGAGAGGCCUUUUGAAUGUCAAGAAUGCAGGAAAGCCUUUUGCCGCAAAGCACACCUCACAGAACAUCAGAGAAUGCACAUAGGUUGGCACUUGCCUUAUGCUGUGGAGAAAGUUUCUCUGUGAAGACUCCCCUCACCAUUUGAUCAAGCCCAUUUGGACCAUCUGAUCGUCAGAGUACACAGAAUACAUCUGUUACAGUUUGACUCCUACAUUGUUGUGAAAAUAUGUCCUGAUCCCCUUAGGGGAUAACUCGUUGUUAUUUCAUUUGGAUUUUCUUAACUAGUGAUGAAGUUGAACAUCUUCCUCUCUGUUGAUUGGCUAUUUGGGUUUUUGUUCUGAGCAUCGACUGUUCAUGUUCUCUAUUCAUAUCCUUUUGCUCAUUGCUUUCUUUUUCUUGUUUUAAAGAUUUUAUUUAUUUUUAGACAGAGGGGAAGGAGGGAGAAAGAGAAGGAGAGAAACAUCAAUGUAUGAUUGCCUCUUGUGCACCCCCUACUGGGGAUCUGGCCCACAACCCAGGCAUGUAUCCUCACCUGGGAAUUGAACUGGCAACCCUUUGGUUCAUAGGCCAGCACUCAAUCCACUGAACCACACCAGCUAGGGCUGCUCAUUGUUUUCUAACUGGCAGUUUAUCUUUGAAUUCUUGGGGUGUUUUUUUUAAGUGAUUUUAUUUAUUUUUAGAGAGAGGGGAAGGGAGGGAAAAAAGGAGGGAGAGAAACAUUGAUAUGAGAGAGAAACAUCAAUUUGUUGCCACUCACAUGCACCCCAGCCAGGGACCUGGCCCGCAACCCAGGCAUGUGCCCUGAUGGGGAAGUUAACCAGUGACCUUUUGCUUUGUGGAAUGAUGCCCAACCACCUGAGCCACUCCAAUCAGGCUUACCUCUUGUUUUAAAUGUUAUUUGUUGUUGUUUUUUAAUAUAUGAGACUAUAAAAAUUCUUUUUUAGUCAUGUGUGUUGCAAAGAUCUCCCAGACUAUGAGUGGUUCUUUAAUUUUGUUAACUCUUUUCUUCUGCUCAAGUUUUAUGUUUUAAUAUUGUCAGUUUCAAGAUGAUAGUAUUUCUCUUAUGCUUUCCUCCAAAGUUAAAAUUUUUCUUUCAAUGUUUAGAAUUUUAAUGUACCC